CUCGGCUUUCUGUCGGCUGUUAGCUUUUUGUUAGCUUGCCGGCCAGAAUUCGUGAUAUUUUCAUUUUAUUUCGAGCUUUCGCCCAACUGGAAAUAGGGUGGCCGCGGUCGACGCCGCUUUCUUUUCCACCAAAUGACACCGAUGCGUGCGCGCGUCUCGGUCGAAAACAAAUAAGACACGGGUCGCUGUGUGAAUGAAACACACAACAAAUUUAAGCGCAAAUUCAAGCCCAACUUGUCAAGCAACUGGCCGCCAGUUUUGUGGCAGGAGGAGUUGCAAUUAAUCAACUUAAAACUCUGCUCCGAAGAACGUAAACAAACGUGUGUAAACUCAAAAAAGAGCAAAAGAAAACAGGAGAGAACAAGAAGUAAUGGCAAAAACAGCAGCGAUGGCGACUGCGACGCCGGCAGAGGGAGCGAGUGCCAAUUGGAAUUUCCUUGGAUGCUGAUGGUCGUCUUGUAAUGCCUUGCUUCCAAUACAUACAAAUAUAAGUGUAUAUGUGCGUGCGUUAGUGUCUGUGUUCGUGUGUGUGUGAGUGCCGCUGAAAAUACCCCAAAAAUAACGUAAGGUGGAAGAACUGCAGAAAAUCUAAAUGUGCAACCAAAGCGAAGCAGCGCAAAAUAAAAACCAUAAAGUAUAACAAGAAGACGUCGCUGUGGAAAAGCGUUAACCAAAAAAACCACAGAAAAAAUUAAACCAAAACUGAAAACCGAGGGAACGCAAAGCGAAGAAAACGUCAAAAGUUGCUAACUUUUCCAUCGCAGCAGCGUCCGCGGCGUCAGCAGCGACGCCCGACUGCAGCCAGCAUCGCACUGGCAACAAAAAAAUACGAUGCCUGGUCUUGUGGUCUUCAGACGCCGCUGGUCAGUGGGCUCUGAUGAUCUCGUGGUUCCGGGCGCAUUUCUCCUGACGAUUCAUUUAAUUUGUUUUGUGAUUGUUGGCUUCUCGUUGGGUUUCUUUGAGUAUAAUACACAAAUUUUAAGCAUAAAACUAUUGUUCUAUCAUCUAAUAGGCUACUUGUUGAUACUAUUUUUUUCAAUAUGCGUAGAAAUAGGUAUAUGUGUGAUCUCGAUGCGGGGCAGCAUUCUGGAUGCCGAGGCGCGUACUUCGAUCAACAUCUGGAUAUAUCUCAAGAGCUUGGUAAUUCUAUUCGAUAUUGCCUGGCUGGUGGUGGGCUCCAUUUGGCUGGGUCAUUAUUAUGCCACCUCGCCCAUCGAUGAUCCCAAAAAGGUCUAUAUAGCCAUCAUCAUCUGCAAUUGGGUACUGGUGGUGAUAACUCUCAUCACAAUAUGGUGCACCUUCGAUGCAGCCGGCAGAUCCUGGGUGAAAAUGAAGAAGUACCAGCGAUCCAUGCGGGAGACGGAGUCGCGAUUCAAUUACAAGAGGAGCAACAGCAUGAAUCGCAACUGGCGGCAGAGAAAAGUGAUGCGCGCCUACCAGGACAGCUGGGACCAUCGUUGCCGCCUGCUAUUCUGCUGCAUGGGCUCAUCGGAGCGCAACCGAAACUCGUUCACGGACAUUGCACGCCUGCUGAGCGAUUUCUUUCGGGAGCUAGACGUGGUGCCAUCGGAUGUCGUGGCCGGAUUGGUCCUGCUCCGAAAGUUCCAGCGGCUGGAGCGCGAGGCCAUUGUGCGUCAGCGCAAGAACGGCACCUACGAGUUCCUCAGCGGCGUACCCAUCACGGAGCGUACCCAGUUCCUAGCACUCAACGAUGCCAAAAACUAUGACUUCUUUCAGACGGUCAUCCACUACAUGUACUUUGCCCAGGGCGCCUACGGCUGGCCCAUGUACGUCAUCAUCAAUCGCACCAAAAUGUGGCACCUGCUGCCGGAACUGAAGUGCUUCGGCUGUUGCUGCGGCAGCGGUGAUGAGGCUGAGGUGAUCCAGGACAACUGCUGCCUCUGCAACUAUGCAGCGCUGAAGAAGACCCUGCAGCUGGGCGAUAUUGACAUCGUUUAUGCCACCUACCAUGUGGAUGUGGGCGAGACACCCUUCUUCGUGGCCAUCGACUACACGCAGCGGGCGAUUGUGAUCAGUAUUCGUGGGACGCUGAGCAUGAAGGACAUAUUGACGGACCUGAAUGCCGAGGGCGAGGUCCUGCCGCUUCAUCCGCCCCGCGACGACUGGCUGGGCCACAAGGGCAUGGUCCAGGCAGCGAUCUAUAUACGUAAUAAGCUGCAGGAGGAGAAUCUCAUCGAGAAGGCGCUGCAACGAAAUCCUGACCGGCAUACGCACACCUUUGACCUGGUGCUGGUGGGUCACUCGCUAGGCGCCGGCACGGCGGCCAUUCUGGCCAUCCUGCUGAAGCCCGAUCAUCCGACGCUCCAGUGCUUCAGCUACUCGCCGCCCGGCGGUCUGCUCAGCAUGCCCGCCGUGGAGUACUCCAAGUCUUUUAUAACCUCGGUGGUGCUGGGCAAGGAUGUGGUGCCGCGCAUCGGUCUCAACCAAAUGGAGGCCCUGCGAGCGGAUCUCAUCAAUGCCAUCCAGCGCAGCGUGGAUCCCAAGUGGAAGACAAUUUCCUGUUCGGUCAUCUGCUGUGGCUGCGGACCGGAGCCCACCUCCGUGGUGAACAUGUCCGGCCAGGACACACACAUCAAUCAGUACCAGGAGGAGCGCGGCACAGCCCGUUCGACCAGCGCCCAUCCAACGGACAGCUCGAUAGCUUUAACCCUGCACCAGCCCCUGUAUCCGCCCGGCCGCAUCAUACAUAUAGUGCGGCACCAUCCCAAGCCCGACGAGCAAAAAUACGACAGUGGUUGGAGGAAUGUUCUAAAGAAUCGAGAGCCCGUCUACCAGGCCAUCUGGGCCGAUUCCACAGAUUUUGACGAAGUGCUCAUCUCGCCAGUGAUGCUGCAGGAUCACAUGCCCGAUAAGGUCCUGGCCGCCCUCAAGAAGGUUGUAACAACGAGUGGGCCACGCAAGCCCCAGCGCCAGACAUCCAAUGCAUUCUCCACCGCAUCGAAUGAAGGGCAGGAUCAGGACCAGAAGGCGACGCACUGCGGCGGCCAUGGGACGUCGGACCCAAUGUGCCGAUCCGGGCCAGAAACGGACAUGGACACCGGCCAGAUGCAGACUUCAGCGCAGUCGCAGCAUUGCAAGCGGCCCUCGCAAAGUUCCUACACAAAUCUGAGCAACUGCCUCGCCCUGACGCCGACUGCGCAGCACAAACUCUGCCUGGAGACGUCCUUCACCAAUGGCUCCGCGCCUCCGUCGCAGCCGCAGCGCCUGAGCUCAGCCGCCGGCUGUGGUAUUGGUGGUGGUGGCGGUAGCAAAGCCUCCUCGCUGGCGGGCAGCAUCUUCGGACGCAGCCAGCUGAGCUCGGGCACCACGCCGUACGACAUAUCAAGCGCCCUGGACGACAGCCUGGCCACAGUGGCCCUGCGCCAGAGUCCAUCGCUAAUGAGCACCGAGACGACGGGUACGGUCAUUGGGAAUGCCGAACCGUUUCCGGAGGAGGUGGCGGCCAUACCCCGCCUCAAGGCGGUGGCCUUCGACAUGGCCCUGACCCCACCGCCGUCGCUGCCGGAGAAGUCCCUGCUCGAGCGACAGCAUUCCGAGAAGAAGCCCAGGUCGCUGCCGUUGGCCCAGGUGCAGGCCCUCCGGAGAGCCUCGGAUGCCGGAGCAGUGCCGCAGGGCGUGGACCUUCUGCACGACGACUGGUACGGCCUGGCGCCACUGGCCAGCCCCGAGACCCUGUCCGAGAUCUCCAGCGUCUCCUCGCGCACCAGCGUUCCCAUCAGCCUGGCCAACAGCAUCGAACGCUAUCUGCAGCACAUGGGUGUGGGCGGGCCCAAGGUGCCGCUGGAGGAUAUUUUUGAGUCGCAGCUGCACACGCCCAAGGUCAUGCGGAGGGCACCCAAGUUCACCGAGAAUCUGGCGGGCUGUGCGGAGGAUAGUCGGACCCAGGACCAGUACAAGCGGCUGGGCCGUGUCUUUGUCACCUUUCCGCGCAUCUUCCCGGACCAGUCGCCGGCCGCCCAUAGCCUGGACUCCAGUGACGAUAGCUUCGAGUCGGCCUCCGCCCACAGCCUGCAGAGGCUGCAGCUACCCCAUGCCGCCACUGCCGUGCAGAGUUCCAAAUCGGCCGAUCCCCUCGACGGGGAUCAGGAUCAUGUGCCGAGGCCUGCGCCGCCGGCCAAGAAGUUGACCUUCAGUGACAGCGACAUCCUGACGGAAGAGCACUGCCUGCGACUGUGUCCCCACUGUCCCUGCGGCCGGGAUGCCCAGCGUGGCUGCUGCACUCGCUCGGAGCACGGCAAAUGCGGUUCCGAGGGCUCCGCGGAUACGAGCUUCUACAGUGCCAGCUCCUCGCUGGAACAAUUUGCGACGCCGGCCCGCCAGAACGGUGGUCCCCACCUGGAGGAGAUUCUCAUGCGACCCGGCGUCCUGGAGUCCCACUUUCCCGUCCUGGGCGGUGGCAAUGGCAUGGAGACUCCGGCCCUGGUGGCACCCGCCUCACCCUCGCCGCUGAGCAAUGGCAAGAAACCGGAUGUGGUCGGCGGAAGGGUGCGCAAGCGCCUGUCCUCCGAGGAGUUUGUCUUCUCGCGCAGCGAUGAUCUGUCCAGCCUAGUACAAAUCGGUGAUAGAGGUGCCGGCUCUCCGGCGGGACGCCGGCGCAAGGGCUGCGUCUAUCCGGCCGGGAACAGUCUACGCUUGGAUGCAGCUGCCGCUGUCGCUGCCACCGCAUCGCCCACGUCCAUUAGCAAAUUUACCCGCGCCCGAGUAGCGGCCGGGGGAUCUGGAAGCGGGUCGGGAGCUAAGCAGGUCGCUGCCAAUAACGAAAGUAAUGUUUAAUAGUUGUAAGUUGUAAGAAGUACCUUACCUGGACACAGCGAUGAUACUUUUAGCCCGUAACUGGUAACUUGAUAACUGGUUACUCGUUACUUCUAAUUGGAAACUGUUUAUGGUAACUGGUGACUCGUUGCUCGUUAUUAGUAACUAGUUACUCGUUACUGGCAAUUGGUAACUGAUUACUCGUUACUCGUUACUCGCAAUUCGUAACUCGAAACUCGUAAGCCGCAUUCGGCAAAUAGGCCAUUGCAAUUGCUUUCACAGGAGCCAUCCACAAACCGAUUGGCAAGACAAACCAACCAACAAAGGAAACUAACAUUUUACCGAUUACCUAAGGAGCAACAUUUAGCGUUAACACACACACACACACGGGCGUUUACUAUGAAAUAAAUGCAAUAUAUAUUUUUUUGUGCA